AUGUCAUCGGAAAAGACGUCGGCUGAUCUACGAAUCGAGUUCGAUCGUUUAGACCGCGAUAAAGAUGGAUUCAUCACACUGAAAGAGUUUCGUGCUUUUCAUGAACAGAACAACAAAGAUGGCACGUCCAUUGAGAAAGCUUUUGCCGCCAUCGAUGCUGAUAAUGAUGGAAUGGUCACAUUUGAAGAAUUUCAACGUGCAUACAAAGGAUAA